AUAACCUGAAAACGACAAAACGAGUAUCAGGAAGAACGUCAAUAAUAAAGUCCAUUACAAAUACAUCUGAUUAAAAUGACUUGUUAAAGAAUGUUGUGUUAAUUUGUUUCUCUUAUUGUUUAUACGUGUUAUUUGUAUAAAAAAGUGCAAGUGUUCGAUGACUCAUCUAAAGUAAUGAAAGGAAAAGGAUAAAAAGCAACAAAACAAACACCUCAAAUAUCCUACUUAAUUAAGUUAUGUGCCUUAUUUUUAGCUUUUAAGGAAUAAUACACAUCAAAAAUGGAUGAUAGAAGAGUCGCAGAUUAUUUUGUAGUAGCUGGUUUACCAGAAAUUCCAGAGACUCUGGAUGAGACAACUUUGUCUGAGGGAGGAAGCUUGAAAGCCAGUCAUGGCCAGCCACCCAUUACAGAUAUCAGUGUUAUCUUUCCAAGUUUAGGAGAAGUUAAACCUGAUGACUUCGAAGUGAUUAGUAAAACACCAACAGGCUUAAGUGCAGAUUUGAAUCAUGGUAGUAUAAGGACUAUUGAAUGUUUCUUGUGUAUCAAAAGAGGAAGAGACAAACCGCCUUUAGUCGAUAUAGGUGUAAUGUACGAAGGUAAAGAAUGGCUAAUGGAGGACGCAGAAGUUGUGAAACAAAGUGUCGGUGGCAACAUUGCGAAUGUAAAUAAUUCAGCUUCUCAAACUUUUAUCACUUAUAGAAGAGGACCAAAGUCAAUGCCUUGUAAUGCAUUGGUUGUGACAGAUGUAUGCGUAGUGAUAGCUAGCAAGGGAGAAUCACCACCUCAUGCUUUUUGUUGUAUUAACAAAAAUUUGAAUAAAGGUUUGGUCGGAAGCGAUGUGUUCUUAUGCUAUAAGAAGUCUAUGAAUCGUGCUACUCUUUUGACCUAUAAACCUGAGGUUUUAUCAAGGUAUCCCCUAGGAGAUCUUCCCGAAUUCCCAUUUCCUGAUUCUGUGCCUUUAUUUUGUUUGCCGAUGGGUGCAACGUUGGAGAUGUGGCCCAAAGAGGCCACCCAACCAAAGCCCGUCUUCAGUACCUUCGUAUUGACAGUUUCUGAUGCUAAACACAAAGUGUAUGGAUCCGCCGUUACUUUCUAUGAAAGAUUCUCAGAGAACAAGUUGACUCAAAAACAAACAGAGUUGCUAAAUUAUGAAGAAGACUCGGAAUUUGCUCUACAUGCCAACAAGUCGAUAUGUGUCUUAUCGCAUUGGCCUUUUUCUGAAGAUUUUGAGGUCUGGUUGAGAUGGUUGCAUGGUAUUGCUACGAGUGGCAAACCUCAACCUAUUCCAAUCGAAAGAUACAUAACUCAACUAUUAGACGAAGUACAGUUUCCUUCGCCGAGGAUAUUGCUCCAAAUGUCACCACACAACAGCAAAGAUAGAGUAAUCUUGACCCAACCCGAAGAUUUGCCUUUACCAAGAAGUGCUGCGAGUUUUAAACACUUGUUGAUCAACUUGGGGCCGGAAAAUUGCUUACAAGUGUUACUUUUGAUGUUGACGGAACAAAAAGUGCUAAUACACUCCUUGAGACCAGAUACUUUGACCAGUGUAGCUGAAGCCGUUUCGACGAUGUUCUUUCCGUUUAAGUGGCAGUGUCCAUAUAUACCUUUAUGCCCACUCGGACUUGUUGAAGUACUUCAUGCACCAUUACCAUUCCUCAUAGGCGUGGAUUCAAGAUUUUUCGAUCUGUAUGACCCACCAACUGAUGUCAGUUGUAUAGACUUAGAUACUAACAUAAUUACCGUUGCUGAGAGUCAACGACAAAAUCUUAAUAUUAAACUACUUCCGAAAAAGGCUGCUAAGAUUCUAAAGUCAACUCUGGAUUAUCUUUACUAUCAAUUACGAAAUAAUACAACUAACAACACAUCAGAUGCCAAUGUACAGGAUGACAUCGAACUUGAAUUUCAAAGAAGAAAGAAACAGCAAUCGCAAGAGCUAGAAAUACAAGAAGCCUUCCUGAAAUUCAUGGUUUUGUCUUUAAAAGGGUACAGAUCAUAUCUUUUACCUAUUACGAAGGCCCCUACAGUUGGAACAACUGACCCGGAAGCCUUGUUUCAACUAAACGAUUUUCUUAAGAGUAGAGAUAAAGUUAAUCAUAGAUUUUUCACUUUAGUUAUGAGAACACAAAUGUUUAUAAGAUUCAUCGAAGAAAGAAGUUUCGUAGCGGAUGGUGACCAAGGUUUAGCAUUUUUUGAUGAUUGCAUCGAAAAAAUCGGACACGAAGAAAACAACAGUUUUCGUUUGAUAGAACUUGAUUCUGUCCACAAGAGCGAUCGGACAGUGUUUGUUUUACCUCCAGAACCCACUGCACCUGGUGAAAUGUAUGAAUACAAACAUUUCAAUUUGAGGGCAAGUCUUCUGAUUGGGCACGGUAAAAGGAAAAAUCCUUUGUCUUCUCUAUUCCAAACGAUAACGCCAGGAUCUCCGAUGGCUAGGAGAACCAAGCAGGAGAUUAAAUCUGCUCAAAAGUUGGCUCGGAAAUGUCUGCGUUCCCCUGAUCUUUGGGCAAGAUGCCUGUGCGGUACAUGCCACACCUUAUAUUUUAUGAUAUUGCCAAGUAUGUUGCACCUAAAUGCCGGAAAAGAGAAGGCCAUACUGCAACAAUCGUAUGAACUACUUGUCAAAGCAACCAAACUAAGAUUGACCUGUGAUGAAGUUUGCUAUCGUUUGAUGAUGCAGCUGUGUGGUGAACAUUCCAGACCGUUGUUAGCUGUUAAGUUGUUGGUGUUGAUGAAGAAAUUCGGAAUUCAGCCGAAUGCUCUUACUUACGGUUUAUAUAACCGGUGUGUAUUGGAAGCAGAGUGGCCUGCCCAUUCCAGUUCGAGUCAGUUGUUGUGGAACAAAUUAAGGAACGUCGUUAUCGGAGCGGCUCAUUUCAAAUGGGCAGUUCGAAAGAAAGCAAUCCAUAUGUCAGCGUCUACUGAAGGAGGGAGCAGUCUUUUAGAUCAAACGGAUCGUGCGAUAUCUCGAUCAUCCUUGGAUUCGCACGAAGCUAUCCGAGAGGACCAUCCUCCCCUGCUUCGAAGAGGUACCAGCAUUAUUAAAGGUAGUCUCAACGGACUAGAAGAAGUGGAUGGGCUAGAGACUAUUAACGGUAGCGAGCACGAGGAAGAGCAAGAAGCUGAAGACACUCUGAAGCAAAACGGUGACAUUGAAGAUGAGAAAUCGACUGAAAAGGAACAGACUGAAAAGAAAAUUGUUCCUACUCCUGAUAGUCCGUCCGAAUAUAGACUUUUGUCCAGGUCUGAAAGUGCUGCUGACGCAAAUCUUUUAGAUCAAAUACAGGCCAACAACAAAAGAAGUUGUUCGAAAGCAUUAAACUUUAAUAACAAUGGCACUGAUGAAAAAGAAGAAAUCGAAUACGGAGAUAAUGAAAAUAACAGUCCAGGAAAGGUAUCUCGUGAAGUGAUAACAGAAAACGAUCCAUUGGGCGCUUUUACCGUUCCGCUCGAAGAAGCAACCUCCACUCAACCGUCCCAAACUGCGGAUUCUAGCUAUACCCGGAAUUCUACCAAUCUUUCUAUCGAACCCGUCCUUUUCCGAUCGUCCGUUCAGCGAUCAGCCACCUUCGAGGGCAGUCCACCAUCGCAAAGUAAGCUGCAACGGUCUGAGACUGUGCCUGCAGCUACGGUUGCUUCGAGUUUGGCCAGUUUCGGAUCAAGUUUGAAGCUUGGAUUUAGCCGCUAUUCACCAUCACGCCUUUCCCUGCGCAAAGCUGAUCUGAAAAUGCCGCAUCAGUUCAUUGAGAAUGCCUUUAAUAACUUCGGUCCAAGUAGUUUAACUAGUAAAAAACCCAACGAACUAAUACAAGGUGGUCUCAGUUCGAUCAAAUCGGCGGCCACCACAAUGGUAAAGAAGAUGGAAGAAAUCAAAGAAGCCAUAUCAACGUCCACCAAUUCAACGCCCGUCAAAGUCUUGACGGGUGACAGACUGGCGGCUGGGGACGCCCCUGAAGGUGCGGAAGGUGAUUCAAAUGAUGGCAGUGAUUGUGGAGACAGGCACAGAAAGAUUUCCACAGAAAUGAGCAGUUAUAGAGGAAGCGUGACCAAUUUGAAGGAGUACGAUGAGAGUCUGCCCGAGAGUCUGUUUCCAAUGCCUAAAGAGGAUAAAACUGAAAGUGAAUUAGACAUAACCCUAACUACAUGUUCGCAAUGCCACAACUGCUCGUGUCUACUCUACGACGAAGACAUCAUGGCGAACUGGUCACCGGAAGACUCCAACCUCAACACAGUAUGUCAGAACUGUAACAAACCGACCGUCCCCUUUUUGACUGUUUCGAUUACCGGUCCAGAUAUCGAACCGUGCGAUCCCUUCAGCAUACCAUACCUGAACCCUCUUGUUUUACGAAAAGAACUGGAAAAUAUUUUAACACAAGAAGGUGAUUUGUGCUUAUCUGACUCCAAGUUCGUCGAUGACCACCCGAUUAUUUACUGGAAUCUCGUGUGGGUCUUCGAGAGGAUCAACGUACAGACUCAUCUCCCUAAUUUGUAUUUGAGGAAGAAGGCCUACUCUGAAAAUACUGGCAGCAGCAAUAAUAACGUGGAGAAUGGUGAUAGGUUAUCAGGCGGAACAACUUCCAUGGAACCAGUUGAAGAAGGAACUGAUCCUUUGACUCAAGAGCUCACGGCUUUGGCUGAUCCUAAGGAAAAAGAAACACAAUUGGCUGCUCAAGUCCAUUUGCGAUGCCACUGGGAUGAGCCUGGUUUACAUAUUGACGGUCCUCCUAUGUACAUGUUGUGGAAAAUGAGGGAUACGUCCCAGUUUAACUCUAACGGAAGGAGCCUAAUUACAAAAACGUUUAUGCAGCAGAUCAUAAACUACAUACGCGUUAGUGACCUAGCGGAACCAGUGAGGACUUUAUCGAAAGAUAGAAAAGAAGACGAAAACAACAAGUGCAACUCAAUAUACAGAGACAUUCUAUUUUUAGCCUGCAAGGUAUUAGGGCGGGCUCAGAUCGAUAUUAACACGUUUGACAAAGAGUAUGCAGCAGCCUAUUCUAGGGCAACAGAAAGACAAUACAAGCUUUAUCCGCAGGAUAAACCCAUCAGUUUAUCUGCUCUUUAUUGUAGACAAUAUUUCAGACCUCUAACAUUGCCUUGAGUUUUACUAGUACAGGUUUUCUGUUAAACGUUAGGUUGUUAUCACGAAAACGCUGUAUCUGUGAGACACAGCUGUCAAAUCAAACUCGGCUCCGUUUAUGCGAAUGGGGCGUUAUAGUCUAGGAGCUAGAGGAGGGUAUAGUGUGUGUAUAAUAUUAUAAAUAAUGCCAGAGACAGUUAUUAUAGUUCUUUAUUAAUAGUUGAACAACAAUGAUCCCGCACAAGAAUGAGUAAACAAACGAGUGACAUAAGGCAGUGACUAAUCAUCCGCCGGACGGUAUACGGUAUCGGAUAUGUUCCGAAUACCAACAUUAUAAUACAGUGUGCACUGUUAUGUCCUCUCGGUACCUUGACGUUUUUUUGUUUUUUUUUGUGCAUAUAUUCGAUUUUUAGAGGGUGCCGGGUUGAAAACCCGACAGAUAAUUUGUUAUUAACAAUUUAAUUGUUUAAAUGAUUGUAUCUCCUAAACUCAGAGUUUCCCAAACGUUUUUCAUUCGUAGACCCCUUGUCAUCUUUUCAAUUUUAGACCGACCCCUUGCUAUUCAUUUUGAAAGAUUAAAAUUUCUAACAGUAAUGAGGUACAGUGGGACCUCGAUAACUCGGAUUAAUCGGGACCGCGACCGAUCUGGGGUAUCGAAAAUGCGGGUUAGCAGGAGAGUAUGGUAAAAAUUAAUAAAAUACGAUAUAUCGCCGUCGCCUACGAAAAGUUUAACUCCGAAAAAUGCCGUUAAGAAUAUAACUUUCAAUGAACGCCGCGAAGAAUAUUAUUUUCGAUUAUAUGAUUCUGAAAAUUAUAAUCCCUAAUAAAGUGUUAGCGAAAAAAAUUAUUUUUUGAAGAGUAUCAGCAAAAAACAUAUGAAAACAGAAAGGGAAAUAAUUGUUUUCGUCGGCAUCUAUUAAGAACUAAAUCUCUUCGUCAUAAAUGUUUUGGGAGUUAUAAUCUUCUCGGACACACAUAUAAAAAUAAAUUGUAUCGCCAACACUUAUCAAAGAGGUAUUAUUUUCACCGAAAAUGUAUUAGGAAUCACAUUAAUCAUAGGUACCAGCGAUAUGUACUUACAGAAAACUCUGUUAUAAUUCAAAUAACAUGAAAUAUAUGAAUACACAGCACCUAAAUAUCUAAAUUAUUAAAAACACGCAAACACAAAAAAACACAAACGUAAGCAAACGGAAGCGAACAAUAAUACAAGACUGUACUACACACAAUACAGUCACAAUGGGAACGAUGUUAUGUUAUUUAAAGAAUAGUGAAAACUAAGACUUAAAGUUUAUGCUUGCAAAGUUUUUUUUAAAGCUGAAACAAUUUCCUUUAAAAUGAGGGGGUUUUGAAAGUUAAUAGGUCGUAUGAAAGCUGGGUUACACUUGAAAAAGCCCUAUCAAAUGCAUAUUUUGUAAUUAUUUUUCACGAAAUUUGUUAUAACUCCGGUUCUAACAAUCGGAUCAAAUAAAAAAGCAUCAUUACAAAAUUUAUUACCGAUGUGUGUAGUGAAACUAAUAAUUCCUGUUACAAAGAUAACCAAAUAGCCGUUUCAAUUAAAAAUAAAUCCAUAAAACAUGACAUAAUAUUUACAAAAACAGAUAAAGGUAACACAACUAUUGCUAUAGAUAAAAGAGACUAUAAUAACAAAACAAUAGAAUUUUUAAAUAACCAAAAUAGUAUAACAUUAAACAAAGACUCCACAGAAAAAUACCGAAAACAAAUUAAACUAGCCAUUGAAAAUUCAAAAUCCAUAUUAAAUCCAACAGAACAGAAAUACCUUGAUCUUAUGAACCCACAACCUCCUAAAUUAUACUCUUUUAUUAAACUACACAAACCUGACCACCCAAUAUGGCCUGUAAUUUCUUUUUAUACGGUUCCGUCAUAUAAACUUUCAAAAAAACUGUCAGAUAUUAUUACAGACUACACUAAAUUUACACCUAAAUUCACCGUAAAAAAUACACUGGAACUAGUUAAUAAAAUACAACAUUUUCAAUUGCCCAACAACUCCAGACUAAUUUCAUUUGACGUAAAAAAUCUUUUUCCUAGUGUUCCUCGUACAGAAACUUUUGUUCUAAUUAAAAAUCUUUUAGACCAUAAUAGUACAAAUCCGAUCAUUGCACCUGAAAUUUUACACCUUGAAAUUUGCAUAAAUCAAGACUAUUUUGAAUUCAAUAAUCAAAUAUACACAAACAACAGUGCAGGACUUAUUAUGGGUAAUCCUCUAAGCCCAUUGCUAUCAGAUAUAUUUAUGAACCAGCUUGAAACAACAAUUUCUAAACAUCCCGUUUUUAAACAGUUCUUAUAUUGGUGGAGAUACGUGGAUGAUAUACUAGUAUGCUUUACAGGAACUGACAGACAACUUGAGCAAUUUCUAUCAUACAUUAAUUCACUUCAUAGUAAUAUUGAGUUUAUUAUAGAAACAGAACCGAAUAAGUCCAUAAACUUUCUAGAUCUAACAAUUACCAGACUACACAACAAACAUGAGUUCUCCGUAUAUCAUAAACCUACCCAUACUGACACAACUAUACACAAUUCAUCAUCCCAUCCUACACAACACAAAUUAGCAGCCUACCAUAGCAUGAUACAUAGACUGACAGAAAUUCCCAUGUCAAAAAAUAACUUCGAAAUAUAACUGAACAUCAUUAAACAAAUAGCAGUAAACAAUGGCUAUAACGAACAAGCAAUUAAUAAAAUUUUAAACCAAAAACUCCAUAAGAAAGCCGUGAAAUUAGUCUAUCCACCACCAUAGAAAGAACCCAGUACCUUCUGCUCUAUCACAUAUACUGGCAAGAUAACAACAAAAAUAGCCAGAUGCAUAAAAAGAAGGGAAUAACACCAGCUUACAGAACUAACAACUUAAGCAAAUAUAUUAAGAACAAUAAGAGCCGAAAGAUAAAACAACUACAGAGUGGUGUUUACAAACUAACUUGUGGUGACUGUCCGAAAACUUACAUCGGUCAAACUGGCAGAAUCUUCGACAAACGGAUAGCAGAACACAAAAGGGCUUUCAACAAUAGAAAAACAGACACUUCUACAUACGCACUUCACCUUCUAGAUCAUAAUCAUUCUUUUAAUGAAUAGUUUCAAAUUCUGCAUAUUCAAAAUAAAGGCCUUAGGCUAUCUUUAUUAGAAUCUAUGGAAAUUAAUAAAUUAAAAAAUACAGAUAUAAUUCUGAAUGACCAACUCGAGACAAACAGCUCCCCACUCCUCAACCUCUUCAGUUAAAGACUUUAAAAAGGCAAACCCAUAGUAAACUAAAUCACUUGAGAAAGGCACUCUGCCGAAACAGCUGUAGUCACAUAGUUAUAAUAAAUUUUGUGGAAGUAUAGAAAACAAACGUUUUCAGUGUUUUAUUGUUAUAUAAUCGGAUCAAAGUUGACCAAACGCCAUUUUGUUCAUUUUUUCCAAAGGAACCAUUUUCCUUUUGGCAUAAUUAAAAAUCUCUAAUAGUUUGUGAGAUACAAUCAUUUAAACAAUUAAAUUGUUAAUGACAAAUUAUCUGACGGGUUUUCAGCCUGAUACCCUCGAAAAACCGAAUCUACGCACAAAAAAAACAUAAAUAAAAGCCAAAGGGCCGAAGAAACAUAAAAGUACAUACUUAAUCAACUCCCUCCCCGAGCUCCUAGACUAUUAGCAUAUAUUUUAUAAUUAAUUGUUUGUACAAAGAUAAUAUACAUAUCUAAUAAAGAAAUAUAUGAAAACUAUUAGAAAUAGUAUUUGGAAUAAUGUUUUUAUAUAAAACUUUCGUACUAAUUACAAAUUACCUGCAAUGAUAAUUUUGUGUCCAAAUACGUACUUUAGAUAAAAAAAAGUGUACUAGGUUUUAAAAUCGUGUUCCUGUAAAGUAGAAUGGAUUUUAAAACAAGAUUAGAAGUAUCUUCUACGGUAUUUUCCAUUCAUUUCAUUAGAUUUGUUUCUUUCGUUCUUAAUUAUAGCCGAGAAGUUGUUUUAGUUCUUGUAUUUUUUCACGGAACGUUGCGAUUGAAUACAAGUAUUUAAAAACUACUUUUACCAGACUGCAUAUAUGUAAUCCCACGAAAGAUGGUCUUGAAAUAUCAUUUAUUUCUUUUUAAGACCUUUCUCCAUUUUGACAAGUGCCUUUGUGUUAAACUAUCCAUUAAGUAUUUAAUUUUGAUAAAAUAGAUCUGCACAGCUACAGGAACCUCUCGUAUAUUUUUAUACUUUUGAUUGUAUUAAAUCAAUAGUAAAAUUCCCCAAACAAUUAAUUUAUAAUCGAUAUCUCCUACAUGCACUCCAACUUUUUCUAGUUACGCUUAAUGCUUUAAUUUUAAAACAAUAAUAUAAGUUUAGUACAUGUAUAGGUAGAGGCGCUCAUAUUAGGAUUGAUUUCGACCCGUAAAAUUGACAGCGCGCAGUUGCCAGCCUCACAAUUUUUGCUUAAUGCACUUAUCGUUUUUAAAUAUAUUUUUCCGUCGACCGUCCAUUUAUGAUCAAUUUUAACACCCUCAAAAUCAUUGAUUAAUGACCCCUAUUAAUGAAUGAUUUUCUAUUUAUGAACGAUUUCAUUAUAGGCAACACAACAUACAUUGCUUGCAUAAAUUAAUUAAACGCUCUGUGAUUGGCAGUUACCUGUGGUGUAGGCAACCAAACAUAUACCUAUUUAUAUUCCCACUAAAAAAUUUAAAAUCAAGUAGCCGCUGUUAGUACUAUCUGUCAUUGUAUGUCAAUAUUUACUUUAUUGUUUAAAAUUCUGUGUAUUUGAAAAAUCAAAAGAUGGAUAUAUCUUUAUUUCUGAAAAGUACGGUCGACGGAAAAGUUUUGUAACGAACUCGUAAAUUAAAAUGGCGAUUAACAAUCUCGAACAUUAACGCGCUCGCCCCGCUCACGCGUUAAAAUAUCUCGAUUGUUAAUCGCCCUUAUUAAUACACCUGUUGGUUAAAUAACUAUUAAAUCAUCGUUUUACUGAAUGUUAUAAGAUACGGAUAUUUUAUUGUAUUUAGCAGUAAAGAAGUGGUCGAAACGUAACGCUAACGCUACAUUAGUGCUUGUUAUUGUUUCAGCUAAUUUUAUUACAACUCGCUGACCAAUUGUGCCUUCUGUUGAUUCUGUUUCUUUUCCGCUAUAGAUGUAUCAUCCACACAACUCCCUUAUUUUAAAAUAAUUUUGUUUUUUCAAGAUUUGCUCAGUAGAAAUCGAAACGUCAACAACAAACAUAAAAUGUAAUUUGUAUUACAAUCAAUUGCGGUUUAAUGUUUAAUACCAUAUAAAUAUUUAUAUUUGGCAAUAUUUUUAAAACAUACCACAAAAAAAAACAGUUUUAGAACCUCUUUAAAAAAAUUAAAGAAUGGCAACACCGCUUUGUCAAUUUUGCGACUUCAAAACGGGUCCAAAUAAGAGUGCAUCAACUACACAUUUACGUUUAGUUUAUAUAAAAAACGCUUUCUAUUAUUUGACUUUUAAUCAAAGUUAAAGAUACAUACAUGAAUAACAUGAAUAAAUAUUUUUCUCGAGUCUACUCAUUUGGAGUAUAACAUAGCAUCUAGUUUCCUCGCAGAUACAGUGGAUUGUUUUUGUUAAAUUUUAGUUUAAGAUUUUAUUUAUGAUGCAUAUUUUGUUUAAGGUUAACAGUAUUUGCAGUAGGCAACUAGUGAUGUAAAAUAAAAUUGUUAAUUUCUC